GUCAAAGUUCCAGGUCCAAAGUCAACAAACGGCUUCAGUCUUUAAGAUGAAGGACUAUAUCAGCAGCUGCUCUUAUAACCAACUGUACCAAAAUGUCAAAAGUGUUUCAAAAGACGGCGAGUAUUUUUGCAAAGAACUUAUGAGCGUUUUGCAUCAAAGGGCCGAGCUAGAACACACGUAUGCAAAGGGGCUCCAAAAAUUGGCUGGAAAACUCAUGAGGGCUUCCAAAGGCAUGACCAACAAUUCUGUCUACAGUGCCUGGUGUCAGGUGUCAGAUGAGAUGUACUCUCGGGCUGAUGCGCACAGAUCAUUGGGAAAUGCAUUUCAGCAGGAGGCCAUUCUGGAAUUACGUCAAGUCUUAGACGAGCAUAUCAAGAGAAAGAGGCCUCUCGACAACGCUAUAGAGAGAACGGGAAAACUUGUAAUGGCAAACUGGACAGAGCAGAUCAAGACAAAGAAGAAACUGGCUGGAUUAACACGGGAGCACGAGACUUUAUUCAACUUUGUCGAGCGUAAUAAGCACAUAUCCACAGAGAAAGACAAACAAAAGAUGCUAACCCAGUUGACCAAGUCAGCAGAGGUACAGACACGAGUGGAUGAGGAAUACUUUAAUAUCAACAUGGAGGGCCAACAAAUGAGACUCAAGUGGGAAAAUACCCUUAAAAACUCCUACCAGGUCAUCCAGGAGCUAGAGAAACAACGGCUUGAAGUUAUUUGCAACAUUCUGACCCGGUACAACCUUCACAUGUCCAGUUUUGGGCAGACCCUCAAACAUGGCCAAAAGCAGAUAGAACUGCUUGUCCAAAGGGUGGACAUGGAUAAAGACAUACAAACACUGAUGGAGGAGCACAACAUCACAACAGCAGACAACAAAGCUGAAUUUUUGAUGACAGAUUAUUUUGAGGAAGACAGCAAAUCACUGAUGUGCAGAGAGCGAAGAAGAGAAGCCAUUAAAGUUAAACUCUAUCGCUUGGAGGAAGGAAUCUUAAAAGCAAAGAAAGACUGCGAAGGGAUUGAAAAGUUGAUGAAAACCUACUCUGAAAACCCUUCCUUUUCAAACCACAGGAACCUGGAGGAGACCGAGCAGCAUCUCGAUGAGAAUACUCUGAAGCUGGAUCUCCUGGAGGCCACGCACUAUAAACUCUCUGUAUCGUUGUGUGAAAUAGAGGGGAAACCCAGGUCCUCCCACCCAUUUAGGGACUGCAUUGUUAAGUGGAAAGAUAAGGACUGUGAGCACAGUGUGGUGCAGCUGACUCGCCCGGUGAAACUCAGCAAGAGUCCAUUCAGAAGCAGACACUCUCUGAGAGCGUCCAUCAUCUACAAAGGACCCGUUCAGAUGACAAAAAGUCCCACUGCAGGGCCUGGGUCCAGUGGUCAGAUCUCCGGUACAGCACAGUUACAGGAAUCAGAGGACGCUGUUCAAACGCCAAAACCCGUGCAAGAGGCUAAAGAACACGUUCAAAGAACACCAGAUGUUUGCACCGUGGGGCAAUGCAAGGCCUUAUACAGCUUCACUCCUCAACGCAGUGAUGAAUUAAUGCUAAAAGAAGGGGAUCUACUAGACAUUUACACAAAGGAUAAGAAUGGCUGGUGGUUUGGUGCACUUCAUGGCCAGACAGGUCAUUUUCCAGCCACCUAUGUUGAGGAGCUGCCUGCGCUGAGCAAUAUAUCACCUGAAGUCUGACUACAACUGCAGCUUUCAAAUGGAGCCAACAACGCGUACAAUUUGUAUAUAUAUAAAUAAUAAUUCUUUGUAGGGGCAAUGUCUUGAAUUGGUUAAUAAGUCAGUCAGUUGUACAUGUACAUUUAUGCCAUUUGUUAAACUGUGCAAUCGUAUAUGCAUAUUUAAAAAAGGUUUUUGAGGAUCAAAUGAGUUAUGACAUGUUUAUAUAAUUUUUUUUACAAAAGUAGUAUGUACAGUACAAGUCACAGGUUUUGGUCACUUCCUCACACUAUUGAUUGACAAUGGGUAUCUAAACAUCUGACUGGUAAAAUACAUAGUGAGAAUAAGAUCUAUAUAUUUACCAACCCAGAAGCAUUUUUAAAAUCCACAUAUGCAAGUCCUGA